AUGUCAACAGCCGUGCCGCCGGCGGAAGCGACGGUGGUGGCCGGCCGGAAGCGGCAACCGGGUCGCCACCGGGCUGCAACGCUGCAGCAGGGGAUGAAAAUAUGUAAAAUUGAAAUCGGAAAAUGUUUGCUUUUCGUCACGCUGCUAACGAGUGUUUGCGUUGCGGGCGUCCGGGGCGACGAGGCGGAGGCCGGUGCGACGCCGGCCGAUCCACAUCCGCCACCGACGAGCGAACCCGAAACGACCACCGGGUGUCCUCCGCCGGACUUGAAAAUCUCGCGACCCCGCAAACAUUACGCCACAACCGAGCCGCCCUUCGUGACAUUCGAGACGACACAGAUCUACCUUCCGCAGGACUUCACGACCGCCGACUUCGAGCUGGUCGAGCCAGGCAAGUCCGGUCUGCACGCGCCCGCGACCGACCCCGGUGGCCACAAUGCGGCCCUCCAUGGGUCCCGCGAUACCUCCUUCUGGUGGGAGCUUGGCAUACAGAAUGCUGAAGUUCGGGAGUCGUUGGCGGCCGCCUCCUUUCCGGCGCGCUCGAAGCGUGCCUCCUCGGGGGUGCUUCAUCGACGGGCCGCCAAUCGGCAUCACCGGCGUCGCCGUCGCUCUUCUUCCGCAGCCUCCUUCAACGAACAUCAGCUGCUCAACCUGGAGGAGCUUAGUCCGGCCAUCGUGAUCAACAACAUUUUCAACGAGAACGACAGCGACCACAGCGUGUACGACAACCUGUUCCUCAACAGCGCCCCGGUCGAGGGCGACGUGGAGUUCGAGGGUGCCGGUGCUGGGGGCGAGGGCGAAGGCUCACCAGGGAUGGACAAGAACGAGAUCGAGGGCGAAGAGAUCAUCGUCGAGAUGGACGACAACGGGAGCAUCGUGCGGCGUCGGGUGAAGCGGAAGUCGGGCAAGACGACGGGUGCGCUGAGCCGGGCCAAGGCGGGCAGUGGUGGCGACGGUGGAAGCAAGAGCAUCGCCCGCCAUCACAAGCAAGAUCGGGCGGGCGCGGACGGGCCGGACGUGGUCGCGGUGGCGGCCGAGGAACCGGCCGGCGACACGGUCGAGCAGCAGCCCGGGCCGGGCAUGGGCCGCCGGGUGGUACGGGUGAAGCGCAAGUCGGGAAAAGCGACCGGCGCGCUCAGCCGCCCGAAGGGUGGCAGUGACAGUGGCAGCAAGAGUAUUAGUCGCAAUGCCAACAAAGGGCAGUACGACGAGGAGGGAAGCUUCGUGCCACCGUUGCCCGACUCGGCCGAAAGCCCCGACCGGGACGACAAGGAGAGCGAGGAGACGGAGGAAAGCCCCGAGCUGCACCAGUUCCGCGAGGUCUCGGAGGUGCGGUUUCCGGGCGAGGUCGGACCGCUCGGUGGGCACCGGCUGUGCAAGAUCCAGUGCAUCCGUGGCAGCUGGGUGGGCCCACUGUGCGCGAUGAACGAGCACGAGCAGGACGAGCACGGCCAGCUGAAGUUCGAGCCGCUGUACAAGCGGUGCGUCGUCGACCACAUUCCGCCCCAUCUGCUGCUGAGCUACAAGAAUGUGUCGGUGACUCUCGGUUGGGAUCUCCCGCACGGGCACACGCUCCAGGCACGAUGCCGCGAUCUCGGGCUCUACAAGCUGCUCGGCGAAUCGAAGGUCCUCUGCUCCAACGGCCUGUGGGCACCGAAGAUGCCAUCCUGCGUCCCAACGACGCUGCUAACUAAUUACUCUGAUGACAGCCCGCCGUCGAUUCGCAUCAAGGUUGGGGUCGGUUCGGCCGCGUACGAACCAUCGGGCGUGCUGGCCGUACUACCCACCAGCACCAUCCAUCUGGACUGCAUGUACCCGAGACGGCGCGGUUCACCCGAGUGGACCUGGACCGGAUGGUUCCGCCAAUAUCUGACCGGUUGGUCCGCCGUUCCGGAAGAGAAAGCCUCCCGCUACCGGCUCACGAUCAAGGACAUCCAGAAUCAGGACUCGGGCACGUACACGUGCGCUUCACCGCGUGGACUCACGAACAGCAUUGUAAUCAUUGUCGCAGUGUCACAAUGUGCCGGACUGUCGGAACCGAAUCCACCAUUGUCGCUGCGGCUGGAAGGAAUCAAGCUGGGACAGCGCGCCCUCUACCGAUGUCCGCUCGGCUACAUGCUGCAGGGUGAGGCGAACGCUACCUGUCUCGCAUCCGGAAACUGGUCAUCGCCGACGCCCACCUGCCACCCGAUCCAAUGUCCGCCGCUGUUCCUCGAGGACCCGCAUCUCAGUCUGGUCGAGCUGAACACGUCCGCUUGGGGUCGGGCCGUAUUCCGCUGCGCCUGGGGCUACCGAUUGAGCGGCCCACCCGGGCUGGAAUGUGAACCGAACGGACACUGGAGUGGCCCGAUACCGCGCUGCCGAGCCAUUCAAUGUCCACAGCCACUGGUUCCAAUAAACGGCAGAAUCGACGGCACCAGUGGCCUGACGAUGUACGGUCAGCGACGCUAUGCGGUCGGGGCACUGGUAACGUUCAGCUGCACCGAGGGUCAUCUUCUCGUCGGCGAGGCGUCAAUUGUCUGCACCGAAACCGGGUUCUGGUCACACCCGCCCCCGUUCUGUAAAGCACAGUGCCCCUACCCCGGAGACCCACCGAAUGGACUGAUUGCGCCGCUGAAGUUCCACUACGAUCCGGGAGACUACCUCACCGUCCAGUGCCGGCCAGGGUUCGUCGAGCAUGGCGCUAACGGUGGCCCCCCGGAACGUCCCCGCUGUACGCCCGAGGGUGACUGGUCCGGACCGGUGCCCCAGUGUCGAAGCUACGAGGAAAUCUAG